AAGAUCAUGAGUAUUUGUUUUUAAAUACCAAAUCAUUCCAUUUACAUAAAGUUCAGAAACAGUCACAACUAACUUAUCAUGAGAGACAUCAGAAGAGUACUUGCCUCUUGAGGAGAAAUGGACUGAAACGGGGCACUCAGAAACUUUGAAGGUGAUGAAAUAUUCUAUAUCUUCAUUCGCACGUUGGCUUCAUAGGUUUAUAGGGGUGUCAAGACUCACUGAACUGUACACUUAAGACCUUUGCAUUUUACUGUAUAUAAAUUAGACUGAAAUAGACUGACUGAACUGAAAUGUUUUCCUUGUAAGUUCCGAUAUUGCAUUGUAUGUUGCAUUUUCUUUGUUCCUGAAAAAUAUGGAACGCUUCAAGACUUUCUGUGUCAUCCUUGCUCAGGGGCCAUGCUAAUCUUCUCUGUAUCGUUCCAAUUUUAGUAUAUGUGCUGCUGAAGCGAGCACCAUGAGUAUUUUUUAUGAGAAAUAGCUGAGAAGGAAAGAGGGAGUAAUGGAAGGAGGGGCUUAAGAGAGGAAGAGACUAGAGGCAGAGACUGGGAUAGAUAUUGGGUAGGCAGAAUGGGAAGGGAGGGAGAUGUGCAGAGAAGGCAGAAGGAAGCCAGAUAGAACCAGACCAAAGUCAGAAAAUGACUGGGGAGAGGGAAGUACAACAGAGAGGAUUGAGGAUAGGGAGUGGGGAAAGAAAGUAAAUAGGGGAUUGAAUAAGGAAGAUUUGGAGAGAGAAAUUCAGAGAAAGGUUUGGGAAAGGAGAAAGAGGAAAAAUGAGGAUAAAGAUGUGGAAGGAGAAGAGCAGGCACCUGGGGAGAGAAGUAGAAUAGAGCAAGACGGAGGGGCUACUAUUUGUUCUUUGGCUCGCUCCUGUUUUAGGAAAAUUCUUCUCUACUCAAUGGGGCUGCCAAGGGCAAGCCUUGAGUGGAAGAGAUGUGAGAUCAUUUGAGGGUGCCUUGGGACAGUUGGGUUGACAUAACUAGACUCUGAACCCGCAGCUAGAGGCCUAGGAGGGUUCCAGGAUAUAUAGAGAAAAUAACAUGCAUUGUGUUCUGCAGUCUGAGAUCCAUUGCUCUCCCAGACUAUUCCAACACAUGUGAGUGACUUUUUAAUGCCUUACUUGUUCUAAGCCUUGUCUGGACUCACCAAGCCCCGGAAGCUUUAGCACUCCUUGCUGUGCCUUCUCUUAUUGCUCUAGCUUACAGACACAAAAAGAAAAGUGACAAUUAUUCAAGCCAUUCAGGACACCUCCCAACCCCUCCUGCCUCUCAACACUGUGGUCUUGGUCUAAGUAUUGAGAAUACAUAUGUGAUGCCUGGCUGGUGACAGGAUUAGUCAAGUUCUCUGCUUCACUUGGUUUCUGAAGAUACAGGAAUUUUUUUCAGCUCUUAUGAACUUGAAGCUUAUAAAAUGCCAGCCCUUGAAGAGCCUGCAGGGAUCAUCUGGUCCGUGCUAGGACAUUAGCUGGCCAUUCCUUGAUAAGGAAUUAUUCUGGGGGAAAAAAAAGAAAAGGAAAAGCUACCAGAACUCUGAUCAGGACAGCAAACAUCUAACUAGACCACAACCAGAAUUCCACAACAGCAUGUCUCAAACUUCCUUUUUAUUUGUGUGGGGAGUAGGGGAGCACUCUUGACGCUUUCUUCACACAGAGGCUUACAAUAACGGUCACUUACAUUCAAGGGAUUCCUGAACUUCUGUAUGUCCACACUGGGAGUCCCUGACCUAAAAUGGCUACAACUAGCCAGGAAUCCAUUAGAAAACUCAGAGUUGAGUGAAAAGAAUCCUAGUUUGGAAUGUGGAGGUCUGGUCCUUGCUCCAGCUGUGUACUGUGUGAGCCAGAGAAUUUCACUGCCCAUUUCUAGGCUCAGUGACUCAAACUCUGAAGUUUAGUAGAUGUUUUCUGAGAUUUCUUUCUAGUUCCAAGUUUCUAGCACCAAAAUGAAGUCAAUCUGACUUUUUUUUCCUUUAGCAUUUUUUGUCACAGUCGAAUGGCAAGCAGACUACAAGUGUCUCUGCUGCUGAGAAAGAGGGAUGGAGGGUGAGUUUAAGGUACUCUUCCAUUAUAAGGAAAAGGGAAGUUCUUUUAGAGCCGCAUUACAUCUUAAUCUACAAGACUCUUUACAGAGUUAAUGGAGAAAGGUGACUUAGUCUUUCUAAAAUCCACACUCCAUUUUCAAAUCUGUUCUUAGAGGAAUGCUUAUGACAUUCACUGUCACAAAGAAUGCUUGUAACCAUCUCCACUUGUCACACUCACACUUUUGCAUUUGGUUCUCCUAAAAUGUUUGAGCAUGAUGAUGGAUAGAAUUGUCUGGGUACAUUUAUGUGUAUGCGGCUGAGUGUGGUAGUGCAUUUGCUUCUCCAGGGGCUGAGUGUUUGAGUGUGUGUAAUUAAGUGUGCACAUGUGUGAGUGAAAUUAUAGAAUGUGUAUGUGUGUAGCACUGAGUGACUAUAAAAAGAUUGUGUAGAUGGUGUGACGUGUGGAAUCGUGUGUGCCUGUGCCUGUGCAGGAUUUAAUUUUUUUAAAUAAGCCACUUUUGAUUGUGUACCCUCCUCUCACUUCUGUGAUUGAUUUCACGAGGGUAAUGGUGCGUAAAAGCGCUGGUGAGAUCUGGGGGCGCCUCCUAGUCUGACGUCAGAGAGAGAGUUUAAAAAGGGGGAGACGGAGGAGAGCAUACAAGCCGCUUUAGGAGUCGCGAGGUUCAGAGCCGUUGCUGCUGCCUGCGAUCAGCUCCUAGAGUUUGACCAACCGCACUCUAGCUCGGCUUCUCCGGCGCCGCCGAGAUGCUGUCCUGCCGUCUCCAGUGCGCGCUGGCCGCGCUCUCCAUAGUUCUGGCUCUGGGCGGUGUCACCGGCGCGCCCUCAGAUCCCCGACUCCGUCAGUUUCUGCAGAAAUCCCUGGCUGCUGCCGCUGGGAAGCAGGAAUUGGCCAAGUACUUCUUGGCAGAGCUGCUCUCUGAACCCAACCAGACAGAGAACGAUGCCCUGGAGCCUGAAGAUCUGUCCCAGGCUGCUGAACAGGAUGAAAUGAGGCUGGAGCUGCAGAGAUCCGCUAACUCGAACCCGGCCAUGGCGCCCCGAGAACGCAAAGCCGGCUGCAAGAAUUUCUUCUGGAAGACUUUCACAUCCUGUUAACUUUAUUGAUUAUUGUUGUCCGUAUAAGACCUGUGAUUCCUCUCCUCCAAACCCCGUCUCUCCUCCCUAAUCCCCCCAAUCCUCAGUAAGACCCUUGCAUUAGGAAUUGAAGACUGUAAAUACAAAAUAAAAUUAUGGUGAAAUUAUGAAAAAAA